ACACUUCCUCUUCCGCUCGUUUCUCUCCCUCCUUACCGUUUCUUCUUCUCCGUUCAGACCAAGGCCGCACCACCACCUCCGGCCAUCCACGGCCCAAACCUCUCUCUCCGUCGCUUCCAUCCGCGGCAACUCCGGCAGCGUCCAAGUGUCUCCAAUCGCGAUUACAGUGGGCAAGUCUUGUCCUUUGGUUUUGAACAGGUACUUCUAUUAUGGUUUAAUAUUCAUUGCAUUGUGCCAACCUAGCUAAAUGGGUCAAUGUGGCUCAAGGAGGCGACAAGGGUACUAGCUACACGAGGUGGAACGACGGGGCUGGGUUCAUCAAGCUAAGACAGAAUGAGUUGGGAAAGGUUGCUGAUUAGAAACUUCCCAUGUAUAAGAAUUUGGACAAGUUCCUUACAUUGUGGGUUUUCUUCCCAAGCUAUUUGCUUGGCCCAACAAAGCAGAAGUCUUCUAGAGUUGCCUGAUUUUGGUUUUGAUUCUUUCAAAUAUGCUGACAUGCUUCAAGACUGCAUCGAAAAUCGCAAACCCAGAAGGGGAAUGGGACUUCACUGUGAAAUUUUAAAAAGAGGCGGUUGUUUGGACUUGUUUGCUAAUAACAUUCUUCUCAACAUGUAUGUCAAAUCAAACUUACUUUCUGAUGCACACAACCUGUUCAAAGAAAUGCCUAGACUAAAUACUAUUUCAUUUGUUACUUUGAUUCAAGGUAUAUCGGAAUCUCAGCAUUUUGUGGAGGGGAUUAACUUAUUUGUUAGGCUGCAUAGAGAAGGUCAUGAGCUUAAUGGGUUUGUUUUUACUACAAUGUUGAAGUUGCUUGUGAAGAUGGGACGUGCUGAGCUUGGUUGGAAUCUCCAUGCUUGUAUCUUGAAGUUAGGGCACAAUUCUAAUGCUUUUGUUGCAACUGCUCUAAUUGAUGCCUACUCCAUUUGCGGGCACGUUGAUAUUGCUAGCCAUGUUUUCAAUGGGAUAAUUUUCAAGGAUAUGGUAUCUUGGACUGGUAUGAUUACUUGUUAUACUGAGAAUGAGUGUUUUGAAGAUGCACUGGAGCUUUUCUUUAGGAUGAGGAUAGUUGGUUUCAAACCAAAUAAUUUUACUUUUGCUUCCUUGCUUAAGGCCUACGUUGGUCUUGAGGCCUUGGAUGCAGGGCAAAGUAUGCAUGCAUUUGUUAUAAAAUCACAUUAUCACGACGAUAAGUUUGUUGGUCUUGCUUUGCUUGACCUUUACACCAAGUCAGGGGACAUAGGUGAUGCUUGUCGGGUAUUCGAAGAAAUGCCCAAAACUGACGUGGUACCUUGGAGCUUCAUGAUUGCGAGAUAUGCUCAAAAGGACCAGUGUGAUGAGGCUAUUGAUUUGUUCCUUAAGAUGAGGCAAGCUUUAGUUUCCCCCAAUGAAUUUGCACAUGCGAGUGUGCUUCAAGCAUGUUCUACAAAAGGAAAUUUAGUUUUAGGGAAGCAAAUUCAUGCUCAUGUAACCAAGGUUUGUCUCGACACAAAUGUGUUUGUUUCAAAUGCACUAAUGGAUGUCUAUGCUAAGUGUGGAGAGAUAGAUAACUCUAUGAAACUAUUUGUUGAAUCGCCGAACAUAAAUGAUGUGAGUUGGAAUACAAUGAUUGUAGGAUUUGUGCAACUAGGGGAUGACGAGAAGGCGUUAAGUUUAUUUUCUAGAAUGCUUAGGUUACAAAUCCCAGCAACGGGAGUCACAUACUCUAGUACUCUUCGUGCGUGUGCUAGUAUAUCAGCCUUGGAUCCCGGACUUCAGAUUCAUUCCUUGGCAAUUAAAACAUUACACCACAAGGAUGUUGCAGUUGGUAAUUCUCUGAUAGAUAUGUAUGCCAAAUGUGGAAGAAUCAAAGAUGCCCGAUUGAUGUUUGACAAAUUAAACAAACAAGAUGAAGUAUCAUGGAAUGCUAUGAUUUCAGGGUAUUCUAUGCACGGCCUAGGUGUGGAGGCUCUAGAACUGUUUGAAAUGAUGCAGAAAACAAAGUGUAAACCGAGCAAGUUGACUUUUGUCGGUGUUCUAUCAGCAUGUAGCAAUGCAGGACUACUGGAGCAAGGACAAGCUUAUUUUAAUUCCAUGACACAAGAAUACGGGAUUGAACCGUGCAUAGAACAUUAUACAUGCAUGGUUGGACUUUUCGGAAGAUUAGGUCAUCUUGAUAAGGCUGUGAAAUUGAUUGAGGAAAUCCCAUAUGACCCUAGCAUUAUGCUCUGGCGUGCUCUGCUUGGGGCUUGUGUUAUUCAUAAUGAUGUUGAACUUGGAAAACAAUCUGCUGAGCGAAUACUUGAAAUCGAUCCCCAUGAUGAUGCUACACACGUGUUAUUGUCAAACUUAUAUGCCAAUGCAAAGAGGUGGAAUAAUGUGGCUUUUGUUAGGAAAAACAUGAAAAAGAAAGGAGUAAAGAAGGAACUAGGCCUAAGCUGGAUUGAAAACCAAGGCGCGGUUCAUUAUUUCUGUGUGGGAGACAAUUCUCAUUCUGAUAUGAAACUUAUAAGAGGAAUGCUUGAAUGGUUGAACAUAAAAACCUGGAAAUCAGGAUAUGUUCCUAAUUGCAAGGCUAUUCUACUUCAAGUGGAGGAGGAUGAAAAAGAACGCCUUUUGUGGUUACACAGCGAGAGAUUAGCUCUAGCAUUUGGGUUGAUUAGAACACCACCCGGGAGCCCUAUACGCAUCAUUAAAAAUCUGCGGAUAUGCAUUGAUUGCCAUGCUGUAAUGAAGUCUAUAUCCAAGAUUGUGAAGAGAGAGAUUGUUGUCAGAGAUAUCAACCGGUUCCAUAACUUUCAGGAUGGAAUUUGCUCCUGUGGUGAUUGCUGGUAAUUGAUAUGACUGAUGGGAUUUAGAGUUAAAUUAUCAACUGAUUGAAUUUAGUAUUUUGCUGCCUUAACUCCAGGCCAUUGGUAAUAACAAAGAGCGAAAUCGCUGCCUCAACGGUUGAUUUGUCUCUGUCACUUUGCACUUUGCAGGAAAUUUCAAGCGAUUUUCAUGGUUGUUUUGGAUUAGGAAGCUUUGUUUCAUUACUCAACAUCAAAACAACUUCUGACAUGGUUGGUUGAUCGAUGACAUACUCUUGUAUGCACAAAAAUCCAAUUGUAAUGCAUCUCAAUGCAUGGUAACCAAAUAAUUCAUCUAUGGAUGACCCCAUCAUUUUCUAGGCUCUACCUUUUGUAACUUACCAAAAAGUAUAUAUAAACUAUCUAAUUUUAACUUACAUGCCUAAUUAAAUUGGAGUCUAAGCUUCAACUACUUGAAUUUUCAAUAUUCUUUUUUAUUUCUUAUUAAAUGAAUAAUAUAUUUUUAAAAAAAUUCUAACU